CCUUCUCCUCCUCCUCCUCCUCCUCCUCCUUUCUCUCUACCCCUGCAAUACCCAUCUCUCUCUCUCUCUAGUUUUCCCUCCCUUUCGUUCCCCUCCAGCCUUUCCUCUUUCCCGGAAAGAAAGAAAGAAAAUCUGCAGAGUUUCAAGAACGAGGAAGGGCGGAGGGGGGAAGUUUGCGUCUUGUUUUUCCUUUUCCUUUCCUUUCCUUUCCUUUCCCCCUUUUUCUUUUUUUUUUUUUUUCGUGUUGACGGGCCAAUGGUGUCGACGGCGUCGGGUGGCACCACGAACUCAUGCAACGCUAGCCCCAGGCACGCGGGGCCCACCGCCGCGCAGAGGCGGCGGGUGGCGGACUCCCUCAUGGACGCCUCCUUCUCCUCCGACGAGGAAGACGACAGCGGCAACCCCAACGUCUCUCUGAUGGGCGGGCCCCACCUCCUCCACAACGGCAAUUUCGUCUACCACCACGGCCACCACCACCCGGCCGUCCGGUACCUCCUCCUCCGCCGCAAGGUCCUCCCCGACGCCUGGGCCCUCAGGAUCGAGGACGCCGCCGCGUGGGCGGCGCACGGGGUGCGGUCGCGGCGGCCCGCCGGACGCAAGGUGUUCGCGGGCCUGAUCCUGCUCGUCGUGUUCUCGGUCUUCCUCAAGGCGUCGCUCUUCAGCGGCUACGUCGCCGACAGCGGAGUCGGAGGAGGAGGAGGAGGAGGGAGGAGGGCCGACAACGGGCUGUUGCGGUUGCAGACGUUCAAGGACGACUGGUCGUACGCCCAGCGCGCCGUCGCCGCCGAGAAUGGUGGCGGUGGCGGCGACGGCGAAUCUAUGCCGAAGCGCGUUUUGGAGAAAUUGUCUACUCCAGAAAUUUGGAUGAAGCCAAACAGUGACAACUACUACAAGUGCGUCACUCGACCGAAGAAUCGAAUAAGAACGGGUGCGAAAACCAAUGGUUAUCUGCUAGUUCAUGCUAAUGGGGGUUUGAAUCAGAUGAGGACAGGAAUCUGCGAUAUGGUUGCGGUCGCAAAGAUUAUGAAUGCCACUCUGGUUCUUCCUUCUCUCGAUCACGAAUCGUUUUGGACCGAUCCCAGCGACUUCAAAGAUAUAUUCGAUUGGAAGCAUUUCAUAGAGGUUCUGAGAGACGACAUCGAGAUUAUCGAGUCCCUACCACCCAAAUAUGCUGCAAAGGAUCCCUUAGUGAGGGCCCCUAUUUCAUGGUCAAAGGCCAGUUAUUAUAGAGGAGAGAUACUUCCACUGUUAAAGCGGCACAAGGUGGUACAGUUCACCCAUACUGAUUCACGCCUCGCUAAUAAUGGCCUCGCUUCUUCCAUUCAGAGACUCAGAUGUCGAGCCAAUUACGAAGCUCUUAAAUAUGCAAAGGAGAUUGAGGAGCUUGGGAAGACACUAGUUGACAGGUUGAGGAACAAUAGCGAGCCGUACAUUGCUCUACAUUUGAGAUACGAGAAAGACAUGCUGGCUUUCACUGGCUGCAGCCACAACCUUACAGCAACAGAGGCAGAGGAACUUCGGAUUAUGAGGUAUAAUGUCAAGCAUUGGAAGGAGAAGGAGAUAGACGGCGUGGCGCGCCGUCUGCAAGGAGGGUGCCCCAUGUCUCCUCAUGAGGCGGCUCUCUUCCUUAAGGCUAUGGGAUAUCCUCCCACUACAACCAUCUAUAUCGUUGCAGGCGAGAUCUAUGGAAGCAACAGCAUGGACGCCUUCCGGUUAGAGUACCCAAAUGUCUUUUCUCACUCCACAUUGGCAACUGAGGAAGAGCUUGAACCUUUUAAGUUAUAUCAGAACCGCCUUGCCGCGUUGGACUAUAUUGUUGCCCUUGAAAGUGACGUUUUUGUUUACACUUACGAUGGGAACAUGGCGAAGGCGGUGCAAGGACAUAGGAGGUUUGAAGGUUUUCGGAAGACAAUAAACCCUGACAGGCAAAAUUAUGUUAAACUGGUGGAUCAGUUGGAACAAGGAGAUUUAUCGUGGGAUGAUUUCUCUUUGAAGGUCAAGGGGUUGCAUUCAGACAGGCUCGGGGCGCCUUAUCUCAGACAAGUGGGGGAGUCGCCGAGGUUCGAGGAGAACUUUUAUGCAAAUCCUCUUCCUGGGUGUAUGUGUAACAAGCUGCAGGAGCAGAUUAAGAGCGUGAGUUACUAUGAGAGACAGAAGGUCAAGUUGCAGAGGUAGGUUACGAGGCUCUCAUUUGUGUUGGUGCUCACUGCAAGAAUCUGUUGACCUCUUUGCUGAGGUUGAUAUGACUCUGCAAUGCUCAGUUGAAUGGCCUAAUCAAGAGGAUUCACAUGCAAACAAGAGGGUGAACUCCUAGGCUGUUCCUCGUGUGCUUGAAAAAAAUAACCGAAGCUUUCAAGUGUGCCGAGUGAUUUGAGGAAUGUGAAUUCCGAUUCUGGGUCACCUGUAGAGGGUAGAUCAGUUUAGCUUAGAUUGCAAGUUACAGGUAUAUACUGAUACAGAGGGAACCCCCUGUCACUGAAGAGUAGAAACCACACCGAUUCGUUUAUUUGUUUGAUAAUUUUUUGCCUAUUUGAUGGUAAAUUCGACGGAAUAGCCGAAUUUGGCUGUGUUCACAAAUUGUAAGUUCCACAGGGUGUACAUUAGUGGAAUCCUUUCACAUGUUUC